AUGGAUUACUCGAAAUUGAAGGGGGACAAAUAUGAUCUUGUGAAAGUGCUGGUGCGCACGUUGAAAGUUCCUCUUCUCCUUCCCGUACUUCCACGCCUGGCGCUGCUUGGGUUCACAUUUUGCCAGCCUUUUUUCAUUGAAAGGAUGUUGAAUUACCUCUCCCAGUCUGAACUCGAUGCGAAUAUCGGAUACGGCUUCAUCGGUGCUAGCAUGCUGAUUUACUCGGGGGUUGCUAUCUCCACCGCGUUCUACUGGUACUCCCACCACCGAAUGCGUACGAUGGUGAUGUCGAUACUCGUCACAGAGACCUUCAUCAAAGCCACGAAAGCCCGCAUCGGAACUGGCGACGACAGAGCUGCGUUGACAUUAAUGAGCACGGAUAUGGAGCGAAUCAAGACUCGCAGAGGACCUGGAUGGCAGGAGUCCAGAAUCGUGUGGGACUGA